GGAAAUCAUAAUCACCACCGUCGCACACCGGUAAAAAGAAGGUGCGGUGCGUCUUGCUUCCGGCCGUCUUCACCGAAAUCCAUGGCGAAGUCUCCACUUCGACCUUCUCCUGCCAGUCCCCUCCGCGUCGCUGGCUUCUGGCCGGGCCUUCUGCUGCUCUGCCUCCUCGCGCCGGUCGCUCUCGCAAAGUCGUCCCUUCGCCCGAUCACCGACAUCGAGGUCAGAGAAAAGAAGCAGGCUUGUUACGCCGACAUCGAGAGUGGGUUGUGGGGGUCGAGGUGCAGGUGGUCGAUAAUCGACAAGGAGAACUGUGCGCUGCGAUGCCUUUCUCCCGUCUGCUUUCAGCUGAUUUAUGAGAGCGAUCCGCUGGAGGAAGGGGAGAACGACUUUGUUAGGGGGCAGGAAUUCAAGUACUGCAUGCGCAAAGUUUCAUUGGGAGAGAGCUUGGAUGGAAUAAGGGGAGCCUUUGACUAUAUGUAAGACAUGAUGGGAUGGCUGGAACGGCUGCUGCAUCAAAUAAUAGAAUUGGGAGGUGGCAUGUUUGAAGAAUGGCUCGAACAUGUCUCAAUGGUACCUGUUGAAACUUGUACCGGAGUUCAUCUUGGAAUGAAACUCUUGUUUGCAAAUGGCAAUCCAGCUUUUGACUGUGACUCUGACUGGUGUUGCUAAUGAACAUGGCGUGUUGCAAGAACUGUACUGACAUUUUUCUGCACCCUUGCAGUACUGUUAUUUGCUAGUAGUAUAGGUGGAUGUCCACCAUCCCUUUUGCAUGGUAAACAUUGUGAUCUAAAUGAAGCUAUAUGCGUUGUGAGUCGAUUUGACUUUGCACUGAA